UCACUCACAACAGAGGUCACACAUGAUUAAAAAAUGGACGCGUCCUGUUGAAACGCUACUGCUGUGUGAGUAUAAAAUGAAUGUUUUUAUUAUUUCAGUUAUUUUGAAGCGAAACCGCUGAAUCAUAUGGAAAAAAUGGAGCUUCCUGAAGAGACUGUGUGAGCUGUCAUCUACUCCUGCGAUGCCUUCACAUGCUUGUUUACAAAGGCUGUGCAUCUGCUACAUGGCUCUCUUCAAGACCAGACCCCGUCACUGGACUGUGCUCUCUCAGAACAGAGCUUUGCACUUCACUGCCUGUGAACCGCAGUGUUCAAACCCAGACUCUUCCUCCUCUGUCAGCAGUGUAAACCAGACACCGGCUGCCUCAGAACCUGCGGACGAGGGCCCUCCAUCUCCACCCACCCACUGCUGCAUGAGCGGCUGUCAUAACUGCGUGUGGAUCGAAUAUGCUGAAAAACUGCUGAAGUAUCACAGCAAUGGUGGAGAGAGAGCUCUGGCGGCCAUUGAGGAGAACGUUCUCGAUGACAACCUAAAGGCUUAUCUUAAAAUGGAGAUCAAGUUACUGAAGAAGCCUUGAUGACAAUGGACUGGGGGGGGGGGGGGGGGGUAUUUAUUGAGAGUUCAAAGUGUUCCAUAGCAGCAACUAUUUGCACGUUUUUAAUAGGUGAGUUGUACUAAAUCUGUCAAGAAUAUGUCUGGGUCAUAUUUCACCUCAAAAUCAGUAGGAAAAUAUAUAGGCUAUGUUUAUUUCACAAAGACAACAAAUCCUAAUCUUAGGACUAUAAGGCUUUCAUGACAAUUAAGUCCUAUGAGUUUUUUGUACUGUUUUUACAUAGGACUUUUAACAAAAUACAGUGCAUUUUAUUAUAAUUGAAAUAUACAUAAAAGUGUGUUGUGAAAAUUGUUAAGGGGAUGUUCAAUAUUACAGAACUGACAGAUGUCAGACUACACCCAUGAUAAUACCUUCCUUAUCUAAAGAACAUUUUUAAAAUGUUCACUUCUGCAGUAAAAAAGAUAUGAAUUGCUAACAUAACGAUGUUAUGUAUUUAUAGACAGCUAUGUUUAUAAUU